UUAAUUAUUUUAUUUUCAAGCAGGUAAAACAGGAAAAUAUCCGAAAAUGACUGCGAAUAAUGUCGCUGCUCCAGACAUCGAGCAAGAAGAUCUUGCCGCUGCGACGAGCGUCUUGCAACAACGGGCGAAUGAGAUCCGGGCUCAGCGAGUCAAUUGGAUGUCGUAUUUGAAAAGUCAGAUGAUCAGCAAAGAAGACUACAACUUUAUUAUGACGUUGGAGAAGCUGAUUGGGAAAUCGCGUGCUGAUUUUAUCAAUGAGAGUCGCACUCAGUGCGCCAAGACGUUCCUCAAUUUGCUGGGUCAUGUGUCGAAAGAUCAGACUGUCCAGUAUCUCUUGGAGGAUCAAACGAGGGUUGAAAUAUUCAAGGAGUUCGCUGCCAAGCGAAAGGAGUCCGUUUGGAGCACGUUUUUGAACUUAUUUAACCGAACUGAUCCGUUUAUUGUGAACAUGACUGCAAGAGUUAUUGCCAAGAUGGCUUGUUGGACGAAUGAGUUGAUGGAAGGUUCCGAUCUUCAUUUUUAUCUCACGUGGUUGAAGGAUCAGCUGAAGAUUGCGAACAACGAGUAUAUUCAAAGCGUUGCACGGUGCUUGCAAAUGAUGCUGAGGGUCGAUGAAUACCGUUUCGCCUUCGUGGAAGUUGACGGAAUUGCAGUUCUGAUCUCAGUUCUGCAGGGAAAACUAAACUUCCAAGUGCAGUACCAGCUUGCGUUUUGCAUCUGGGUACUUACUUUCAAUCCCAGGCUCGCAGCAGCCAUGGGAAAAUUCCAAGUUAUCCCGACUCUGGCGGACAUUUUGAGCGAAUCUGUGAAAGAGAAGGUUACCAGGAUCAUUCUGGCUGUGUUCAGGAAUUUGGUGGAAAAAACGCAAGAGGAUACCAUUCGACGUGACCAUUGCAUGGCAAUGGUGCAGUGCAAGGUACUGAAGCACUUGGAACUCCUGCAGCAAAGAAACCUGGAAGACGAAGAGCUCCAGAGUGAUGUUGAUUUCUUGGUCGACAAGUUGACCUCAUCCGUGGUCGACUUGAGCUCGUUUGACGAGUACAUGACCGAAGUGAAGAGUGGGAGACUGGAAUGGAGUCCGGUGCAUCGAUCUGAAAGGUUCUGGCUGGAGAAUGCGUCUCGUCUGAAUGACCACAACUACGAGUUGUUGAAAAUUCUCAUCAACCUUCUUCAGACUAGUCGGGAACCGCUUGUCUUAUCAGUUGCCAAUCACGAUAUCGGAGAGUACGUUCGUCAUUAUCCUCGUGGGAAACAUGUGAUUGAACAACUUGGUGGGAAACAUCAGGUGAUGCAACACCUCACGCAUGCUGAUCCCAAUGUGAGAUACGAAGCUCUUCUCGCUGUUCAGAAACUCAUGGUGCACAACUGGUUUCUGCAGCCGUCAUAUUCGAAUGACUUUGGCCCAGCUGGCAGAGCCCUGGGGGUAACAGAUCUCCGCAAGAAUCGUUUGACAAUUCGCGACGCUUCUCAGUUGGGAGACGUUGGGUCAAUCCGGGCAAUUGACGCGAUGAAUGUCAAAGAUCGCGAAUUACCGAAACGGCGCGAUGGUUUGCACACCGAAUGGUUUACAGCGGCUGCUGAAGCAGUAGACUUACAUGGCGCGCUUCAUUUUGUUUGUGCAUUGGGUGGAGUGUUCAUAUUCUUCGUGUUAGUUCUUCUUACGUUCAAACCGAAAAAGUCUAAGAAAUUCCCGCGCUUCCACGAAGAAAAUCGAGACGUGUAUCGCGAAGAAUGCUGUUCGCGUGGCAGUAAGAAACGGGCACUACUCGUUAUAGCUCACCCAGACGAUGAAUGCAUGUUCUUCGGACCGACAAUUCUUGAGCUUACUGAGGCUGGAGCUCUUGUUUAUGUUCUGUGCUUCUCAACUGGAAGUUAUGGAAAGAACUGUCCGAAAACUCGUCGACAAGAGUUGCUCAAAAGUUGCGCAAUUCUGAAAAUACCGCCGGAAAAUGUGAUCGUGUUGAAUUUCUCUAAUCUGCAGGAUGAUCCGAAAGCCAAUUGGAGUUGCAAUACCAUCGCUGCAUUGGUGCUGCGAUAUGUUGAAACCUACCAGUGCAACGCUGUGAUAACUUUUGACCAUGGUGGCGUCAGCAAUCACCCAAACCACAGGGCCUUGUUCUCCGGUGUUCAGCUUUUGAUCUUCACUCGCCUUCUGCCUUCAUAUUGCAGAUUUUUAUCAUUGACGACGGUGCCGACCUCAUUGAAGUAUAUUCCUCUGUUGGAAGUUCCAUUUGCCUAUUUUCAGGCUCAAGUGGCGUGCCUUGCCUCACUUUCGCAGAGGUAUCGAAUACAAAAAGCUAUGAAAGCUCAUGCGAGUCAAAUGGUCUGGUUCCGGGUGCUUUACAUCAUGUUUUCUCGGUACCUGUUCCUGAACACCUACGAAAUUGUUGAUGAAUUCUCCUCGAAUCGAGCAUUUGAAAAACGACAAGCCUCGCAACUUCGUUUGCAAGGGUCUCACUCUCAGUCGCGUCAGUACGCGUGUUCAAAUGGCGGAAAUCAGCUGAGAAAAGCCCCAAGUUCAGCGAGCGAAGAAUUCACCUCAGGUGGGGCAGUUGCGAUUGCGCGAAAUCGGAAAGCAGCAGCAGCAGCUAAUCAACCCAUGAAAACCGGAAUUUUAGACAAAUCGUUGAACCGCGGUCGUACUGACUUGAACGUGAGUGCGUACGCGUUUCUGUUUUCUGAAAUCGUGCAGUAUUCUCAAAACCGGAGCCAAACUGUUCCCGAACUGCAAAAACGCUUGUCCGAUUUGGGUUUCCAUGUUGGAAGUCGUAUGCUUGAUCUCGUUGUCCUACGUGAGAGAGGAGGCAAACGAGACUUGCGGAUCCUCAGUAUCAUGAUGUUCCUCAAAACUUCAUUUUGGAAGGCAUUGUUUGGCAAAGAGGCGGACAAGCUUGAGCGCGCGAAUGACGACGAACGAACGUAUUACUUGAUUGAAAAAGAACCUCUCGUCAACAAAUUCAUCUCUGUUCCGAAGGAUAAAGGAAGCUUGAACUGUGCUGCAUUUUCAGCCGGAAUCGUGGAGGCUGUUCUUUGUGGUUCUGGAUUUCCGUGCAAAGUCACGACCCAUUGGCACAAGGGCACGACUUUUAUGGUGAAGUUCGACGAAGAGGUUCUAACGAGGGACAAACGGAUAGACGGGCGUUGA